AAAGUACACAACGAUAAUGGUGGAAUGUAACCUUUUUUAUGUGGAUAAAUUCUUGCGCGUAAUUUGUUGAUAAACAUCAUGCAAAGCGCGCAAUUCGAACAACAGGAAAUAAAAACAAAAGAAGCAAAAUAUUUCUUGGUUUGAAAGAUUAUGAAUUAUGGAGUACCAGUUUUUGAUACCGGUUGCUCGUGAUGACCUGCUCAAUCGCACGGGUGUUAACCAAUAUGUUGUGGAUGAAGUGCUUUCGAUUCGAGAAAUAUCAGGAUCACUUCAUGAUGUGAAAGCCUCAUUCAGGACCAAGGGUGCUGACUGCAUACUGCAACACUUUGACACCUUCUUCAGCAUUUUGUGUUUGCAAAAGGAUAUAGAAUCAGAAGUCAAAGAAGAUGCAUGGGGACACAUAUGUAAAAUUGCGGUCAGUCUGUCCACUAAGCUUCCUGGUGUCCUUGAGGGAGAACUGGACACUCACAGUAGAAGGCAGUACGUGAACAUGGUCAAGAUGACCUGCUACCUGCUGUGUCAGUACAUGGAGCUGUUUGAAUCAGACGAGACAAAGCCCAACACUGCAGUUAUGAACAAGGGUCGCAAAAAGAAAUCUGCCACAACAACAUUGGACUGGCAGAGAGAGCGUGAGACUGGCAUGAAGACAGUGCUCAACCUUGUUCAGCUCAACAUUCACAGGCUGUGGGACCCACCAGUGGUGGAAGAGGAGUUUGUAAGCCUGGUGACCAACUGCUGCUACAAGCUGCUAGAGAACCCAGAGAUCACACAUGCUGUGAACAAGGACACCAAGGAUGCUAUCUGUCACAUUAUUGGGGUCAUGGUGAAACGCUACAACCAUGGUCUAGGUGCCAGUUUGAAGAUAAUUCAGCUGCUGCAGCACUUUGAACAUCUCGUGAGCCCCCUCGCCAAUGCUGUGGCCAUAUGCGUGGAGGAGUAUGGGUACAAAAGCAUCGUAGCUGAGUUGACAAGGGAGAUAGGUAGAAUGGAUGGUUCGGACCUCUCGCGGGACACGUCUGGUACCCGAGCCUACUCACAGUUUGUGGUGGAGAUGACAGAACGGUGCCCGGCUGCUGUGCUGCCCAACAUCAGUCUGCUACUGGGGCACUUAGACGGGGAGUCGUACACAAUGAGGAACGGUGUGCUGGGAGCCAUGGCAGAGAUGGUGAUGAAGGUACUUAGUAAGGAAGGGCUAGAUGAGAAGAUGAGGGACACCAGGGACCAGUUCUUAGACCACUUAGAGGACCACAUCCACGAUGUGCAUGCGUACGUACGCAGCAAGGUGCUGCAGAUCUGGCUGGACAUCGUAGAGCAUAAGUGCCUUCCCCUGCCUCACCAGGAACAACUUCUCCAGCUUGUGAUGGGGAGACUGCACGACAAGUCCAGCGCUGUCAGGAAGUACGCCAUACAGCUGAUCACAACACUGCUCAAGAACAACCCCUUCGCUGCUAAGCUGUCAGCCGAAGAGUUGGAGUUGAGCUACCAGAAGGAGGUGGAGAAACUGAAGGAGAUGGCCCCAGAGCAAGAGACCGGGGAAAGUGAGAGUGAAGUGUUUAAGAAGCAACUCGAGGAGGAAUGGAAAGGACUGCAGAGAGAGUUGCGGCCCCUGAUUGCUGAUCUGGAGGAAGAGGAAGAAAACAGAAGCAGUCCAACAAGCAUUGUUUCUGAGGACGACACUGUUGAUAGCGUCACUGAAAAGGUCUACAAAAUGCUGUGUGAGAAAGAGCUGAAAGAUGCUGUCAGCUUUAUCAACGCUGCCAAGGAGACUUUUCCGGACUUGUAUCAUGUCAAACAAGCCCAGCCCUCCAGGGAUAAUGAUGAAGAUGAUGGGGACAAUGAACCAGAAACUAUGGAUACCAUGGCCUGCUUGAAAAACAUUUUCAUGGACAAGAAGCACGCCAACUUUGUCCUGACAGCAGCUGAAGCUCUGGAUGCAGACUCACAGAAGGACCCCACAGUUGCUAACGAGGUUGCCAAGCAGCAGGUGCUUGUUCAAUAUCUCAAGGAGUCGCUGGCCUUUGCCACCCAGCUACAGAACUCCAUACCCGUCAUCGCUCAGCUUCUGGGCUCAAAGACCAGCACAGAUGUCAUGGAGGCAGUGGAAUUCUUUGUCACAGGUUUUGAGUUUGGCUUGACAUCGACAAUGAUCGGCAUAAGGAGAAUGUUGCCUCUAAUUUGGUCAAAGGAGGCGGGAAUUAAAGAGGCGGUUGUGAGUGCAUAUAAGAGGCUGUAUCUCACCCCACAGGCUGCAAAUGCGAGGUCAAAAGCGCAGAUCAUAGUGAAAAACCUGUCUGCACUUACAAUGGGAGCUACUCUUUGUGACCUCACUUCGCUUGAAGGGCUGAUUGUUCAGCUGAUGAAGUCCGGAGAGCUCGGUCAGAGCGUCAUACAGAUGCUAUGGGAGAGAUUCACGCUCAAGAUCCCAGGCACCACGCCAGAGGAAAGUCGGGCAGCCGUGCAGCUGAUCGCCAUGGCAGCUGGGGCUGAUAUGGCUGUUGUGAAGACAAACAUUGAUGUUCUGGUACGGGAGGGCCUGGGACCACGGGCUGACUCUGACCUGUUACUGGCCCGGGAAACAUGUCUGGCACUGCUCAAACUCAGCACUCCAAAAGCUCUGAAGGGAGACGUAGGCAACGAGCCAUACCGCCUCGCAGAGACCCACGAGAUGUUCACAAGUCUCACCCGUAUCCUCAUGAAGUCAGCGCGGGAUCUCGAGAACCGUUACUGGAUCUCUCUAAUGGAACAGGCAAUCAACGUGAUCUACAAGCUUGCAGAGGGCCCUGAUCAGAUCUGCGGGGAGCUCAUUAAGAAGCUUGCCCUGGAGUGUAGCCAGAUGGAGGCUGGGAAAACUGGGAAUAAACAGGGGCAGUCUGACCAGGGGGCUGUUGAAGAGGAGGGGGAUAAGGACUUGGAAGUGCAAGGGAACCCAAUGGAUGUUCUACAGAAAGAUGAAACCCAAGUGGCAACUUUCGCAUCAGGUGUCCUAGCACGACUCCUCUCAUUGGUUGGCCAUGUUGCUCUGAGGCAGCUAGUCCAUCUGGACCUGGCUGUGUUCGGUGAAAUGAAGAGAAGGCGGGCGAUCCAGGAACAGAAGGACUGGAUUCAGACCCCUGCCAGCAAAAGACCAGGCAAGGACAAUGAGAACAUUGAUGAGGAGAUGGGACUGGGAGGGGCUGCAGCCGAGGAUGCAGAGUCCGAGUACAUCCGCAAGAUCUGUGAAUGUGAGGUCGUCAAAGGCAACACAUUGCUGUCCGCGUUUGGCCCUCUACUUGUGGUUGUGUGCAGCAACCACCAGAAAUAUCCAGACACAGAACUGCAGACAGCUGCCUCUCUAGCCCUGGCAAAGUUCAUGAUGGUGAGCUCUGAGUUCUGUGACCAGCACCUGCAGUUGUUGUUCACAAUGCUGGAGAAAUCUCACAGCCCCAUCAUCCGGGCCAACACUAUCAUCGCCAUGGGAGACCUGUGCUUCCGGUUUCCCAACCUUGUAGAGCCUUGGACACCACACCUCUAUGCCAGGUUGAGGGAUGAUUCCUCAGAAGUCCGCAAGAACACGAUGCAGGUACUCACCCACCUGAUCCUCAACGACAUGAUCAAGGUGAAAGGUCAGAUCUCCGAGAUGGCCAUGUGCAUCGUGGACGACAAUGACAGAAUCUCAAGCCUUGCCAAGCUCUUCUUCAAUGAGCUUGCGAAAAAGGGCAAUGCAGUGUACAACAUCAUGCCAGACAUGAUCAGUAGACUGUCAGAUCCAGAUGUUGGAAUUGACGAGGAAAAUUUCCGCAACAUUAUGAAGUACCUGUUUUCCUUCAUCCAGAAAGACAAGCACUGUGAAAGCCUGGUGGAGAAACUAUGUCACAGAUAUAGGGCGACCAGGGUGGAUCGUCAGUGGCGGGACCUAUCAUUCUGUCUGUCGAUGCUCUCAUUCAACGAGAAGUCGAUAGCGAAACUUCACGAGAACUUCAUGUGCUUUGCUGACAAGCUCGCAGAUGAGGAGGUGUACAACUGCUUCUGUACAAUAGUCAGCAAGUCACGCAGCUUUGCCAAACAAGAGGCCAAGACACUGAUAGACGAGCUGGAGCAUCGCAUAGAAAACUGCCACAAGAAGGGACUCAAUGAGGACGAACUGAUGGAACAGGCUGGUGCAUCCCCGAUAGCCAAGACCAAGGGAAAGACCCCAAAGAAAGGGGGCAAUGCAAAGACCCCGGCCGCAAACAAGACCAGAGCAAAACGUGGGGGUCGCAAGCGAGUGGACAGUUCAGAUGAAGACCUUGAUGCGGAGAGUCUAACACCUGUGGUACGAACACAGCAAAGCCGGGGUGCAAAGAAAAAACCCACUGUGAAUUUCAGUGACAGCGAUGAGAGUGAUAUUGAGCUUUUUGAGCCAGUAAAGGCAGCUAAAAAGAAGAAAGGGCAGAAGGAAAACGUUGACGAUGCCUCUGAUAGUGAUGCUUUGUCCCCGCAGAAAACACGACCCCGCGGCCGCAAUAAACGUCGUCUCACAUCACUGCACUCCCCUCUCAGUCUCAAUAACACGCCAGCCUAGCUGUUGAUGCAGACAAAUUGGCAUAUGAAAUCUAGGGUGCAAGCUGUUUUAAACAUAAUACUAAUAGUUGUUGCCUAUUGAAUGCUAAUUUAUUGACAUUUUACACAAUUUGGUUAGCUUAGUGGUAUUAAAUAAAAGACCCCAAUGGCUGUUUGAAAGUUUUCUUCAGCAUAUGGUUUGCGGGCUUGUAAGAAUCCUUUUUACUUGGGUAUAGUGUUAUUUAAAGGUCACCUGAGCUUUUGUUAGUGAAAGUGGGUCAUAUGUUGGACAAAAAACAAAUCACUAGGACAUAUUAUUGAAUAAGCUUGUAUACGCUCUUAACAUGACAUUUUGUGCCUUAUCUUUUUAAAUUUGCUCAGUACAUUUCCUCCAGAUAUUUUGACCAACUUCAUAAGUGGCUAAAUAAAAAGCUUGUUCACAUCUUUAUUUACAUUUUUUGUCAAGUCACACAUCAAAGGGGCAUUUUUCCUACAAUACUGUAUUAAAAAUUUUGAAUAUUUAUGUGCAUCUACUUCGAGGCAAUGAUGAUGUAUUGCCCAAUAUUCAGGAGAUUUCCCAUAUCAUUUUAAGAACAGUUAGUUGGAGUUGAAAACUGGUUCAUGGUUGGUCAUGAAGUAUGAAUGUAAUCAUAGUAGUUAGAUAAGAUAAAUGCUGCUAUUGUCAAAAGUAAUUUUCUAAAAAAACUUAAAAUCUGUAUUUAAAAUACAUUUUGAUUUCUACUCGAGUUUUUUAGUUUCUUUAAAUCAACUUCUUAUUAAAUUGGACUUGUGAAUUUAAUUGUAAAUGAACUUCUGUAGUUAUUCUUCCAUACGUUAGUUUAAGUGAAUAUACAAUGCCAUUGUCAGUUUAUAUGUAAGUUCUGUAUCAUAUUAUAUUUUUCAAGUGUAAAGUUUGAUGUCUACUUGUUUUUAAAUUUUUUUUUAUGUAUUCAAAAGAUUUAUGUUUAAGAAUGUAGUUUUAAAAACUAAUUAAAUGUAAUUUUUGUACAAUAUAAAAUAACAACACAUUUUGACUUUGGUUGCUUAGUUAAAAAUUUAUAAGCUCCUGUAAACGGAUCUCUAUUUGCUCAUUGACAUACAUUAAUUUUGUAAUUAAAAAUAAAUGGAAAUAUACAUGUAUUAAAUAUUAAAUGAAAUAAAACAUUUCUUAAACGA